CUCCCACACAACCCUGGUACAAAAGCAAACACUGGUGCAUGCACACAGUACGCUGGUUUGUGACAACUUUUAUGGUGUGUCAGUGACUGUCUCUGCUUUUAUUCUCAACUUGAAACUUUGAAGUGCUAAGCUUACAAGUCUCUCUGCACCAGCAAAAAGUGUGACUAACUGAACCUUUCAUGAUGGCUUAGGGUGGUCUUGGUUCUAAUUUUAAACAGUUCCCAUCUCCUGCUUCAAUCCCAGGACAGAGUGAAUCCAGUUGCUCUGCUGGGUCUAUCGGCUCUUAUCCUAGUGGUGCUGAAGGUACCCUGUUUACUGGUGUCCCUGCCACUUGCUCAGAGGACAAUGCGGUUCUCCCUACAACCUGCUCUGCCAAUGAUGUGGACCAUGCUGUAACUCUAGACCACACUGGAUAUGUGGUGCCUCCUCUGCAUGGAUCAGACCAGUCACUAGACAGCGGAACUUUCGUGGAUGAUGUUGAUAUUGCUGUUAACUGCAAGUGCCCAUGUGGUCAUACAGACUUUUCACACAUUCUCAAUCCUCCACCUGAUUGUCUGGCCAAUCGCCAUUCUGAUAGCCGAAACUUCCCAGAGCUUGAUAUGAAAUCUAGCAAGGACAAGGAAAUAGCUCAGAAGCAGCUGAAAAUGGAACUUGAAAGACAAACUCGAAUAAUCAAGCAAAAGUUUAGAACAUUUGGAUUGGCUGUAUACAACUAUGCAAAAUCUAUUCCUGAUGUUGAAAGUAUCUUGAAGGAGGCUCUUUCACUUGAUGGGGAAGUUGUUGAGAGAUUAGACUUUGAGAGUUUGUACCCAAAAUUCAGGGAAGGAGCUGACCUCAUCAAUUUCGAUAAAUUGUUACAUUGCCUCACCAAUUUGAAGUCAUGUGAUACAGGUGAAGAAAGUGAGCUCAGACAUCUUGCUGAAGAAGCCGCUGAAAAGUACGAGGCUUCUUUCAAAGAGUAUGCUCAGCAGCGAGUCGUCCUUGUACCUACCAUUCUGCAAGAUGCCACUGGACAUCCUCCGAAUUCAGUGUACAAAAAGCUAAAGAUAAAAGUCGAAGAAAAGUUUCAAAGCUUUGUAAUCAAGCAUUUGAUCGAUUUCAAGGAAGUCCUGAAAAGAAUUUUGAAAUUGGCUCCAGAUGUUUACCUUCGGGUCACCUCCAUCAGGGAAGGCUGCGUGGAAAUUUGCUUUGAGAUGAUCGGUUUGCAUGCUGACACACACCUCAGUCUCAACGAUGUUCAAAAACAGGAAAUGUUGGCCAACAACAUCACCCUCAUUGAAUAUGAUGGACAUGUAUCCUACUGCUGCUGCGAGCUUUGCAAUGAUAAGAGCUCCAGGGAUACUAUCAGGAAGGUGUACAAUGCUGUGUGCCUAGCUGGCUUCCAAAAAGUUGAACUUGAUGAUGUUGAUAGUAGCGACGAACAUACAUUGGGUUGCCCAUACCUAUCUCCUCAGGCAAGCAGUGAAAAUGUGUGCUCCAUUAAAGAGUGUCCCUCGUGUGGAAUAAAGCUUCGACGCUGUUCUAUGGAGUACCACCUCCUCCAAUGUGAGAGAAGUGAUAGCAGCUGCCCAAGCUCCUCUGAUGAGUCUAACACCGAGGAACUGCCCUGUCACAGUGUAAAACAGCAACUGUCUACAAAAGCUGAAUUUUGCGAUGUGGGUGAGUACGAAGGUCUCGCCUUCCGAUUUGAAAUGCCCAAAGAGGAUUUAUCUUUGAGGGGUGUUCGCAUUGAAGAUGGUGUGCCUACACUACUUUUCAGUGUUGCUAAGAAAGUACCAACUAUUAUAGAGGAAGAAGUGGCUAUGUGUAUUCGUCUAAGCCAAGAAAACAAACGCCCCGAGUUCUACUACAACGGGUUUCUCCCUGACCACCCUCUUGCAGGAACUGGCCGACAUUUCAAGCAAUACAAGCCACUCUACAUGAGACGCACUUCUAUUGGGGAAACUCUCGCUGAAAUCGACUGGCAAAUGAAAUGCCUAAUGGUUGGUGUCCGUAGUGACAAGAAUAAGGAGAAAUUCUGGUCAUGGACUGAAAAAAGCAAUGUUGAUGGUUUGGCAAGUUUCGAAAACUUUGAACGUGAUCCAUCAAAGCAUGGUGGUGUGUACAUGAAAUGCAAGGGUGUAUCUGUUUGUGAAGAUUCAAACCAGAUUCUCUUUGAAGGAAAACCAGAAAUGGCAAUUGAUUCUGUGGAAUUACCAGCAUAUUCACGUUACAUCACAGAACAUUUUGAUUCUAUUGCAUACUAUGACGAGCCACUUUUUCUCAAAAUGAAGGAGUACAUAAAGCUUAUUCUUGCUGUUGAGUGGCUGAAAGAAAAAGAAGUUCACUUCAGUCAGAACUGGAUACGAGAGCAUACAGCACCCACGUACGAUCCCCCCAAAUUGUUACAAGUGGAACUCUCAGCUGAAGAAACCAACUCAAUCAUCAUGAAGCAGCUAAAAGAAGAGGCAAAGAAGGCAAUGAAAGGGCCUGAAAUGUCGCAAGCCCUCUCCCAAAGCAAGUACGUGGAUCGAGUCUCUGUUGAUGAACCCACAGUGACAGUCAAAAACAAAAAUGUUGAAGCUAAGUUUGAGCAAACGAUUGCUCAUCCUGAUUUUGAAAGAACAGCAGACUUAUAUGUGCCUCUUGUACAGAAGAUAGUAGUGAGAGCUACCACACAUGAUUUCGAUUUUCUCUAUGAAGGUAUGGACCCAAACAUGGCAGUCACCUUCGAUCCAGACACUAAAGAAACUGUUACACCAGAAGUGAAAUCUUGGUCUGAGCUUAUGGGGGAAACUGAAUUCUUUCCUUGCAAGUGGCUACAAGAUCCUAGCGAUGUGAUGGUCAGAUCUCCAGCUCUCACUGGUGGAAUUUCAACUACUAAUAUUCCUGUCCAUCGUGUAAACAAACCUGUACCUGGUCAGUCAACGCCGAUUGAAGUAAAAGCAUCAAAAAAUCGAAAGGCCAAGAAAAUUCCAUCUUCUGCUGUUCCAGCACAGCCUGUGGUUAAUGCCCCAUCAAGUAGUGCUCAUACAAACAAGCAAGCUGUUGAAACAGGUGAAGCUAAGGUGAUGUAUGGAUGGAAAGAUGCUAGCUCAAGGGUUGGAAUGUCAAGAGAUGGGACAACAAUUAAACAACCAUCACUACACACUCACGGACUAAUAACACAGCUCAUUGACGGGAAGGAGGUUGGGCCUCCUUUGAAUAUAUCCAUGCACCUCUGUCUCCCCCCUAAAGCUGAAGCAUCAGGCAACUGUGAUAGCGGAUACUCAAGCAUUGCAAGUACCCCUAUGUCUGGAUCUCGUUGAUUGCUCUAACAAAAAGAACAAUUUUUUAGUACUGCUAUUGGUAUUUUUAUGUAGCUCAAGUAUAGCGACACCUCACUAGUGAUGUAUAGAUGCAACCUUUUUAGUUAGGCUAGCUAGUGGCUAGUAACAUAUAUUGUUCAGUCUUGUUUACAAUUAAUUAAUGAUUAUUGAUGGUUGA